AACAGCCAAGUAGGUUAAUAGGUCAUAUUACUAAGCUCUUUUCUAGGCUCUCAUUAGCUAUUCCCUUGGGGCUCCGCUUAACACCUCAACUUCUAAUCUAAAACCUUGAACGUGUUUCCCCGCAUUACAAUUUUCUGGGCUGUGGUAGGUCGACGUGGAGCACGAUGCUAUUGUUUCCGUCCUCGGUUCAUCGUCCCUGGACCCGGUAAUAACGGUCUUGGAGAUCUGGUUCCUACACACGCUCCUAUCAUGCGCAAACUUGCUCAGAUCUUGUCUAUCGUGCAGUGGUCUGGUCUGUAUAGGAACUUUUUGACUCAACGAAGUAUAAAGUUUGGACGCUUUGUUCUCCCAAAUGCGUUCGCUGUUCAUUCCUUGAUUUAAAAUCGUGAUCAAGAUUCAUCUGCAAUACGAACUGAUUUCACAUCAGAAGUCUCUCGCACAAAAAACAAAAAAAAAAGGAACAGGGUUCGAGAUGGCAAUUUCUUGGAAAACCGUGGCGACUCUCGCCUCCACACUCUUCUACUCACAACUCGCCGCCGCCAUUUCCCCCAUUGUCUCCCCAGUCUGGCUCAAAGACAACCUCAAUGACCCAUUCCUCCUCGUCAUCGACAUCCGCCCCGAAGCCACAUAUGCUGCUUCUCACGUCCCGGGCGCUUUAGGUAUCCCCUUUGGAUACAGCUCACUCUGGGCCGAGCAAGUCGAAGGCGAUACCCUACGGAUGCCUCCUGCAGAAGAACUACUACCUGCCCUCGCAGGACAAGGCCUAUCGGCGAACACAAGCGUCGUACUUGUUUCGAGUGUCGCGACGAUGCCCCGUGGAAUGAACGAGGCCACUCGCGUUGCCGCUACACUACAAUAUGCUGGUCUACCUACGAACCAGGUUGGCAUUCUGGACGGCGGGUACGAAGGUUGGAUCAAAAAUGGUGGAGAGGAAUCCUUGGACGCUAAGGUUCCUACGCCUGGAGAUUUCAACGGACCGGUUGAUGAGACUGUCGUUGUUGAACGUCCUGAAGUCAAGGCGAGCCUUAACAAAGUCGAUGAAGGGAUUGUGCUGCUCGAUGCACGUGAUACCGCAUCAUUUGAUCAGGGUCAUAUCGAGUCUGCUUUGAGUCUUCCGCAAAAGAACAUCUGGAACAGCGAUGGCACCUUCAAGACCGUUGAUCAGCUCUGGGAGGUCUACUUCAAAGGUGUGGGGGAUGCCCCUGUUGGCCCGGACGAGGGAGAAAUUAUAGUGUACUGCUUCAUUGGGCUGAUGGCUACUGGAUGGCACUUCGUUUUGACGAACGUGUUGGAGUUUGAGAACGUGAAACUUUAUGAUGGAUCUGUUCAGGACUGGACGAAGGAGUAUCAAUUAGUUACUGCGUAG